AUGCAGCCGAUUGAAGAGGCACUCGGUCACUCUAAAGGCCAGACCGCAUUGCCUGCUUCCCCUCCCCCAGCGGGCGGCGAAUGCAGCAGCAUGUGGAGAGGCUUCGAUAGCAGAGAAGUAUUGACUCUGAUCUUGCAGACACUUGACGAAAUGGGUUACAGAGAUAUUGUCGCUUCACUUGAGAAGGCAAGCGGAGUUGAGCUACUUCAGCCUGACAUGCGCAAACUGCGAGAGAGCAUUGUGGAGGGGAAUUGGCUAGAGGCUGGGAAGGCUCUGCUGCGCUUGCCCAUCGAACCGCUUACUCGGCAGGCUUGCUGGUUUUUGCUUAUGCAACACAAAUUCCUGGAGACGAUUGUAGACCCCAGUUUCUCUUUGGAGGCAAAGACCACGUGCUUAAGACAGGAUCUGAGUAUUGCGGCCUUCGAUACUGCAACGACGGAAAGGGUUCACGAAUGUGCGGCGCUGUUGAUGUAUGAAGGCAGCGACCUCUUGGCCCAUGUGCUGCGGAUAUCUAGUUUGAGCAGGAGCCAGCUGUUCAGCCGUAUUACUUGUCUCCUGCCGGCCUCUUUAGCUAUGCAGCCUUCCAUGCUUGCAACAAUUAUGGACCAUGCUCGUCGGUUUCAAAUUCUCUCUUGCCCACUGCAUGUUGAGUCUCCGGCCACAGUCGGGGAAAGCGUCAUUGAACCACACCGCUGCAAAGUUCCUCUUCUUCCGCAAUGCUGUGUCGGCUGUCUGCAUGCACAUCGAAAAGAAGUGUGGACGGUGGCAGUUGCCCCCAAGCAGUCUAGUAAGAUGGAAGCUUUAGUGGCUUCAGGUUCGGCGGACAGGUCGGUUUGUGUGUGGCUGAUAACAACAGACACCUCAGGGUGGAGCAAAAAUUUCACGGACGAAUUAAGCGCAGCAGAACAGUUGUCUGCUAGUCAGUUGGGCUCUCGAUGGCUUACUACAUGGUUGGAGGGGGACACUGACUUACUAAUGAGACUCGAGCAGACCCAGGCCCGACCGAUGCUGGAGAAUGGAAAUGUCAUUGGCACCUGCAGGCUCCUGUGGCGGAUACAGCGCCUCGGAAGUGCUGCAGCUUUCCUCGAUUGGGACAGCACUGGAAAGCUGCUUGCAGCUGGUGGGGAGAAAUCAUUCAUUGAAGCUUGGGAAGAGGGCCGCAGGAUAGGCGACUACUGCACCCACAGCGGCUCACUUGUUGGGCUGCAAUGGGUGCCCAAUUCGAGAAAAUUGAUUUCCAUGGCAACUGACCGUACCAUGACUCUUGUCUCUCUUCAAGAGUCAACUCUCAAUGCGACGCACAUCGUGGAAUAUGAAUGGCUUUUGCCCGGCAGGCCUCAAGAGGGAUUCCUACUGCCUGGAUCGACUAGCAUGAUUAUCUUCUUCGCCGAUCGCCAAGUCAAAUUAUUCGACGUAGUAACGAAAGAAGAGAGCUCGUGGGCGAAUGGCAAAGAUCUCGUCAUUGCAGCAUGCCCAUCGAAAAUCUGCAACCAGAUAUUACUGAGCACUGCAAAUUCUCCUCCUGUGCUCCGGCUUUGGGACCUCGACGAAGGCAAGGUCGUACAGAAGUACAGAGGCCAUAAAGUGGGGAGGUUGGCAAUUCGUCCAGCCUUUGGAGGCCCCCAUGAGGAACUUGUCAUAUCUGGCUCAGAGGACGCGCAAAUAUACAUCUGGCAUCGUGUAUGGGGCUGCAUGCUGCAGCAACUCAAGGGGCACGCAGCAGCGGUCAACCAAGUUGCCUGGAUGAACUCAUGCGGUCCUGUAUGUCUGCUUUCAGCUGGAGACGACGGUGUGUUGCUCUUGUGGAGCUUGGCCACGAGUGGAGGUCAAGAAAGCAUCGAAAGCUCCUCAAGCCGCCGCAGUCCAGACUUGGGCACGCUGUCUGACCCAGGACGAGCUACGCCUGACGAAAGCAGCGAUUAG